GUUUUGAAUUGUAUAAAACUGUUGCUCCUAGGUUUAUUUUGAGUUUUUCGCUUCAUAGUUUAUGUGUCUGUUAAUAAUAGUGUAUAAGUUUACUAGUUCAAACAUUGUAGUUUAAGUUUCAAGUGAUUUUAUUGUCCCAAAGAGCUCCAACCUCAAAGGACAUCCCAAAAUGGGUAAAAAACGCAAGCGCGAAGAUGACGACGAGGAAGACGAGUACGUGGGUUUCUGCCACGGCCUGCAGCAAAAUUCCAGGGACGGCGUAGGCAACAGUUCGUACGUCUACUCAUCCAGUCGCCGUUUCAAGAGGCCCCGAAUCAACCCCAAUUUCUACGAACCGGCCACCGUGGAAUACAGAUACUUAGAUAGGAGCGACUUGCCGUACCGAGAGAUCGCAAGACUGAUUACUAAUAGGUCGAUCGUCAUUGACGACAUAGUAGAAGUGCAAAACCCGGUCCUCGAACGGGCCUACAACCAGAAGAAAAGCCAGAGACUGCGCGAGUACGGUAACAGUUUGAAAGAAGAACUCCUCUUUCACGGCACCAAAGGGUCCAACGUCAGUAGCAUCUGCAGGUUCAAUUUCGACUGGAGAUUGACUGGCUCGAAUAAAGGCCACAAGUUUGGCAAGGGGAUUUGUUUCUCCAGGAACGCCAAAUACGCGAGCAGUUAUUCGGAUAAAUCAUACUACAAAGUCAUGAUUGUCGCAAAGGUUUUAAUAGCGCGAAUUUGUAAAGGGUACCAUGAUAUGUCUAUGCCGCCACAAGGAUUUGAUACAAGUCAGAAGGGCGCAAAUGGAAUAGUUCUUGUUAAGUAUGAGGAUAACGAGUUCUAUCCUGCGUAUAUUUUGUAUUAUCAUUUUAACGACGAUUACAAUUACAGUUAUGAGCGCAUAAAUUGUACUUGUAAUCGGUUUAGGUGUUCCCAUCACCAUGGAGAUUACAACAGUGGUCUCUACUAUGAUUUUUCCAAUCACGGUAACUAUAACUGGGGCGAAUUUUCGGGUUAUAAUAACUACAGCAACGGUUGGAAUUUUAAUCAGUAUUACAACCAGCGCAAUGAAUAUUUUUAUAACAGCCAAAAUUAUAGUAGCGGCGAGUAUUCCCAAGAUGGGGAAUACCAGACAAGUUCAAACUAUUUUUCGUUUAAUUGAAACAAGAAUGUUACGUCCUUUUUAUU